GAUCCUGCUAUGAAAAAAAAUAUAUAGUGACUGUUGUAAGGUCCGAAAAUAUAGUAUCCUGCACUUGUAAAUUGUUUGAAUUUUAUGGCCUCUUAUGUGCUCAUGUGCUUAAAGUAAUGCAUUAUAUUGAGAUUUAUAACAUCCCACCUCAUUAUAUAUUAAAUAGGUGGACUAAGAAUGCAAAAAAGAGAACACCAAGCAAUAGUGCAGAAAUGAGUGGUGGUUCCUCGUUUUGUAGAUCUCGAAGGUUUGAUUCACUUACAUUAGAAAUGCAAAAAUUUAUCUUUGAAGGUUCAAAAAGUCUUAAGGCACAUGAAACUGCAUGUCAGAUAAUUAGAGAAGGAAUUGAUACACUAACAUCAAUUAAUCAAAUGUUUGAAAGUGAGGAAGCGACAAUCAAGGAGCCUUCAAGUGGUCUUCACAGAAUCGUAAUUUCACAAUCAAGCCAAGUAAAUAUGCUUGCAUCAGAAUGCACGAUUAAAGAUCCUCCUCAAUCACAAUGUAAAGGAAAGAGAAAACCACAAAGGUUUAAGCCUCCCAUUGAAAAAAAGGUUAGGGUGCCAAGAACUUGCAAGCAAUGUGGUAAAAAAGGACACAACAUUAGGACUUGUAAAGAGAUUGUUGAUGAAGUGCCAUCUAAUGAUCCAAGUUUUAGCGAGAGACUUGAAGAAACCGAUGACGAAGAGACUUGAAAGCAAGAACAAAUCAGUGUUGUACCUUACUUUUUUUUGUGGUGGAGUAUUGUUGUAUUAGUUGAAUUGUGAUAGUUUAGACUGUGGUUGUAUUGUACCUUUUCUUUGUGGUAGAGUAUUGUUGUAUUAGUUGAAUUGUGAUAGUUUAGACUGUGAUUGUAUUGGACCUUACUUUUCUUUGUGGUAGAGUAUUGUUGUAUUAGUUGAAUUGUGAUAGUUUAGACUG